ACCAAUCCAGCGUGUGUACAGUAGAGAGAGAGAUGAAAAAUUCACGUCGCCGUCGGUAUCUGACGGCAGUGGCCGCCGGCGAACGGAGUGGGGUUGUCACCUAAUUUUAGUUUCUUUGUUUAUAUAUGAGCCUCACACUUCUUGUUCCAACAUGCAGUUGGGGGGCUAUGUGGCUUUCUCUCUCAAACAAAUAAUUAGUAAGAGAGAGAAACCAAAAAACCUCAAACAGAAACCAAAAUAGAGAGCUUCCAUUACAAAAACACGUUCUCUCUCUCUCUCUCUCUCUCUCUCUCUCUCUCUCUCUCCAUAAUCAUUCUACCUCUCUGUUUCCACGUUCACAUUUCUGCUUCUGUACUCCUCUGAUUACAGAAGCAAAGGCCUUUAUUUCUAUUUCUCGCAAAAACAACAUCACAGGGCAUUGAGUGAGAUUAUUUGCUCAUAAACCUCUACAUUCUUCGGUUUAUCAAUGCAAAAUGCUCUUUCUUUCUCUAGCUUCUUAGGUCCAAACAUGGUUUUUGCUUUCUGAAUUUUAAAGCCACCACCGUUAAUUUGCUUCACCCAGAAGCAAAAUCAGAAAAGACAAUUAUUCCUCUCUUUUUCCCCAAAGAAGGCCCCUAUAUAUUCAAACAGAUCUCGUUGAAUUUUAUCAUUUAAAAACAAACUCUGUUUUCCUCUGUUUUAGCAAUGGAUCGUCUUUCGUCGACGACCCUGAUUCCGGACGCGAUUUCGGGCGCCAGAGACGACAUUUCCCAGCAGAUUUCAAUGAUUUGGGAGCAGAUCAAGGCUCCGUUGAUCGUCCCUCUCCUGAAACUGGCCGUUCUCCUGUGCUUGAUAAUGUCCCUGAUGCUCUUCACCGAGAGGGUGUACAUGGCCGUCGUGAUCACCCUCGUGAAGCUGUUUGGACGGAAACCAGAGAAACGGUACAAAUGGGAGCCAUUGAAGGACGAUAUCGAGUUUGGUAAUUCAGCUUAUCCAAUGGUCCUUGUUCAAAUCCCAAUGUACAACGAAAGAGAGGUGUAUCAGCUAUCAAUCGGAGCUGCAUGUGGGCUAUCUUGGCCCUCGGACAGAAUCAUAAUUCAAGUCCUGGACGAUUCAACAGACCCCACUAUCAAGGAUAUGGUAGAAUUGGAAUGCCAGAGAUGGGCGAGCAAAGGGAUAAACAUAAAGUACGAAAUCAGAGACAAUCGAAACGGGUACAAAGCGGGGGCUCUCAAGGAGGGCAUGAAGCGAGAUUACGUGAAGCACUGCGACUACGUCGCCAUCUUCGACGCGGAUUUUCAACCCGAACCCGACUUCCUCUGGCGGACCAUCCCUUUCCUCGCCCACAACCCGGAACUCGCCCUCGUUCAGGCCCGUUGGAAGUUCGUGAACGCAAACGAAUGCUUGAUGACAAGAAUGCAGGAGAUGUCACUGGACUACCAUUUCACGGUGGAGCAAGAAGUGGGCUCAUCCACUUAUGCCUUCUUUGGUUUCAAUGGGACUGCCGGCGUGUGGAGAAUCGCCGCCAUUAACGAGGCCGGAGGGUGGAAGGACCGGACAACAGUUGAAGACAUGGAUCUAGCUGUCCGGGCUAGUUUGAAAGGCUGGAAAUUCCUUUACCUUGGUUCUUUGAAGGUGAAAAACGAAUUGCCGAGCACAUUCAAGGCCUACCGUUACCAACAGCACCGCUGGUCUUGUGGCCCUGCCAAUCUUUUCAGGAAAAUGGUAAUGGAGAUUGUAACAAACAAGAGAGUGACUACGUGGAAGAAGGUGCAUGUAAUCUACAGUUUCUUCAUGGUUAGGAAGAUCGUAGCCCACAUUGUCACGUUUGUGUUUUACUGCGUUGUGCUACCGGCAACUGUGUUGGUACCGGAAGUUGAGGUUCCGAAAUGGGCUGCAGUUUAUAUCCCUUCUGUCAUUACCAUUCUGAAUGCAAUUGGAACUCCAAGGUCACUCCACUUACUGGUGUUCUGGAUCCUUUUCGAGAAUGUCAUGUCACUACACCGGACCAAGGCCACCUUUAUCGGUCUUCUGGAGGCCGGGAGAGUGAACGAAUGGGUAGUCACUGAGAAACUCGGGGAUGCUCUCAAGACAAAAGCAGGCGCUAAAGCGCCUAAAAGACCUCGCUUCAAGAUUGGAGAAAGAAUCCAUUUGUUGGAACUUGGCACUGGCCUCUACCUCUUCUUCUGCGGAUGCUACGACAUGGCCUUUGGGAAAAACCACUACUUCAUCUACCUUUUCGUCCAAGCAAUCGCCUUCUUCAUCAUGGGGUUCGGUUACAUUGGCACCUUUGUUCCCAACUCGUAGCGCGCGGGUUUCAAGAGUUGAUUUGUCAGUAUCACAGUUUGUUUCUGCAAUUCAUCGCGCCGUGGUGGUGUUUCUCAUCAUUCGGCAUCACAUGUCAGUGCCGUCUUAAGCGAUUUUCCUCUCCGUUUUUUUUCACAAUUCUUCUUUUACCAUCUUUGUAAAAAUAAAAAAAAAUAAAAAAACAGGAAAGGUUGUCAUUCUUUUAUGCUUUGAGAAGCAUAAAAAUAAGGAAUUUGUUUGUGUAUGCUCAUAUUCCCAAUCCAAAGCAGUCACACAACUAAAAUAUGGAUUUGGGAAUGGGUAAUACAAAGGAGAUAAGGAGAAUAAAGAAACAAAGGAUGCAAAAGCAGAACAUGGGUUGCCAAGAAUUAGGUAUAUAGAAUAGAUAAAAUCAUCAAAUGAUUUGUUUGUAAUUCUGAUACUUCUAGCAGCUUGUAUUUUUUUUUUUUUUUUGUUUCUCCGUUUUGAUUCUGGCUGGGUUUGUUUCAUGGGGAAUAAACUGAUGGAAACAGAAAACCUUCUCAAGUUUCAUUCUUCAAUCCAGUAAUCUUCUUCUUCUUC